AUGGCUCGUAACGGUUCUCCUCUCGGACGCAUGCUCACAGUCAUCGAUUGUCCAAACUCGUCUUUACGCUUCCUCAUUCUCGAUUGUCCAACUGAAUCAACCUUGGAUUUCUACAUGGAGGAAUUUAUGCGACUUAAUGUUGUGGCUGUAGUGCGAUGCUGUCAACCCACUUACAGUGCAACUCGUUUGACUGAUAGAAACAUACAAGUAUUAGAUCUUCCAUUCAAGGAUGGUGGUGUGCCUCCGCCGCAGGUCGUGCGUGAGUGGUUACAAUUAGUAGAAAACUACAAACAAAUAGCUGAAACGGCAAAAGAAGAGGGCACUGCUGCCCCAACAAUCGCUGUUCAUUGUGUCGCAGGAUUGGGUAGAGCUCCUGCUCUAGUAGCUAUUGCUCUUAUUGAAAUGGGCAUGAAACCAUUGGAUGCUAUCGAAUUUAUCAGAGGAAAGCGACGAGGGGCAUUUAAUAAACCACAAAUAGCAUAUCUGGACUCUUACAAGCGAACAUUAAAGCCCAAAUCAACUAGUUCCAACUAUUCACUUCGGUCCUCUCUCGGUCGCAUGUUCAAACUAGGCGGCACCAACAACAAGCCUAGUCCUCCUCCUUCCACCGCAGGAAGCACUUUAUCCCAAUUGACGUGA